GAUUUUUCCCAUCGAUGGCGCAACGAGUGUCGUGUAAAAGCAGUGUUUUAUCUAUAAAAUGACUUGAUCUGCUGGUUUUUGCGCAAAAAAGUUUAAACUUAUUCAAUAAUAAACCUAUCAUACAGUGAUAUGAAAUGAACUCAGGACAAGCAUCUAGAUAAACAUCUUCAUUUGGGUACUGUUCGGUGUGGAAUCUGGAAUCAUAAUCGUAAGUUUGACAGCUCUGAUGAAGCGUUCUGUGGUGACGUUUUGUGUGUAGUUGUGAUUCGGUUCGUGCGUGUGCGUGUUGUGUUGCGGUUGAAAACGGGAACGCCAUAUUGAACAAAAGAAGAGACGACUGAAAUUGACCUGAAGUUUUACUAGUUCGUAUAAUCUCGACUAUCGUCAAAAAAGGUAAAGUGCAAAGUUUUGUACAAGAGCAGUGUAUUUUCACCAUUUAUCGGAGCAUCGCGGAGAAAUUGGAAGAACCUGCGGCCAAUUACUCCUUUCGGCUGAGUGAGAAGCUCGACGUUUCCAUUCCAGAAUUGCCUCUGCUAGCAGUGGUUGGCAAAAGUUUGGUUCAGCUGCGGAGUGUUUUUGUUCUGCGCCCCCGAUUUCAGUCAUUGGAUUGUCGGAAGAAUCUUGGCUGAGUUUUGUGGCACCAUGAAUGAAAGAUCGAUUUUUGUGCUGUGAUUUGGAUUGGAAUAGUUACGUUCACGGCCGUUCGAAGCUUACGGGAAGAGAAUACCGGCGUUCCGAGUUUUGAUACGUUUAGUGCGGAAAGAAGGAAAAGAAAAAGUUUGAUUUCCUUACUUGGGGAAUAUUUUUUUAAUGCAUGGAAAAUACUUUUUUGUCGUUCAGUGAUGACAACGCCACGAUACCAUUUGAAUCUGACAUGUCACUAUUGUAUGUAUCAUGACUACAGAGAGGAAUCGAUGACCAAUAUCUGUUAAACUAUAACUAGUGAAGAUAUUAAUUUGAAAGCAUUCCGUGCAUUCUGUAUGAAUUUUAAUAUCAAGUAGGCUGACGGAAUUAUUGCACAUUUGAAAAAUCCGUCUAUUUAUCGGGCCAGCCAUUAGCAAAAAGGCCGAAUGGUUAUCCUUAAACGUGAAUAGUGGUAAUCUAUUUAAAAUGUCUGGACACAAUCCACCUCACGGACGACUAGGCCAGCCGAAUUCUACUUGGAAUCCGCUACAGGUUCCCUCGUAUAUUCCUCGGCAGCCACAGUUGGCUCACAUGUCCAGUGAACGGUCUCUGGCGAGAUCACCGCUAACAUGGCAUACCCCGCCCACUCAUCAGGAUCAGCUGUACAACUUUAUGACUGCUAAUCACAAAAACAAUCUAGAAAUAAAUCCCUUGCUGCCAACAUUUGGAAGAGGUGCCGGUAUGCCACUAGGAUCAGUUGACCUGUCUCUAUCGUCAGCCUCCCGUAGCACACCUUCCCCGAAGGGGAACAAUCAUCAACAACCAGGGCCACCAGGUCCACAUGGUCAACAGCAGCAUACUUCGGCGAUGCCAUCAAUCAUUCCGCCCGUUCUGGGAGGACCCCUGAUGCCGGACCAAAACGAUCAUUUUCAUCCUAAAAUGGUUCCUGGUCUCGGUCCACAACAGCAACAGCCGCAGCAUCACAUGAAUACGAAUCACAAUCGUUCUCCCUCAGCAAGCCAAAUCGGUGGCGUUAUACAAUCGACUGCAGCUUUAAAAGAUCGUUCUGGACACCAUUUGUUGGGAAGUUCCGCUGGUGUCAGUAGCGUAGGGGCAAAUUCGCAAACCUCGUGCAGUUUCCUCGGUAAUAGUGGAAACAAUAGCUUAGGACUUGGAUCCGGUAGCGCCGGUGGUAAUGGAUAUUACAACAUGAUGAGCAGCAACAGCAGUGGAAGUAAUAAUAACGCUUCUAUUGGUGGUAAUACUAGUAUUAACAACAGGCCGCUGGCUGGACCUGCCGGUGCAACCGCUCCCUCUUUAGCAAUGGGACUGGUCGGCGAAUUCGCCGCGAUGCUCCCUGGUGGAUUGCAUAUCAAGGAUACCAAGCAAAUCAAUAACGAGGCUGGCGGAAGAAACGGCAAGGAUAAUGCCCCUGCCAAUACUGAACCAUCCGACCUGGUUAAAGAUAUUAUAAUGCAUGCCAUGCAAAGUACUGCAGUUUCUGUCUCACCCAAGCAAGACUCACAAAUACGUCUACCCGUUCCCCCGGCUCAAAGUCCUGCGCGAAGUCCGCCGCCGACCAAUGCAAGUGUGGACAAACCAUUCCCGAUGAUUUCUGCGGAUGUGCCAUCUACAACGGAAGGAACUAAAACUGCCGAUAACAAAGCCAGUUUGCCACAAAUAACGCCAGCAAAUCUACCAGUAGCUACAGAAACAAUCAACAGCGAUCGAACUUCCCCUAAUCAAAGCAUUACCACGAGUGAAGAUUCUGCCGAUUCAAAUUCAACUAAAUCGCGUAGACGACGGAAGCCAGAUCGGACCAAUAAGAUGGGCUCAGGUGAGCUGGAGAGGAUACAUGAUUUUCUCGGAGGAGGUGAUAAUAGCACAGAUAAGUGCGAACGAAUCGACGGUAUCGAUCCUAUGAGGCCUAAUAUAGCAGUCAGGAAUGAUAUAGCCUCACUUGCGCUUGAAGGAAUCAGCAGUCUCAGUCAAGGACUUGCCAGUGAUAGUAGUCAUAGUCCCCAUAUUACAGAUCUGUCCGAUAGUACACGGAUAAACCUACAAAAUUUGAAUGAAAGCAAUAGCAACCAUGUUGACGAGUCGAUAAAAUCUGCCACAGUAAACUCAGUCAUAUCUAGUGUGCUUUCGGCCGCUGCUGACGCCAUGGAAUUAAAUCGGAAGGAUAGCGAGUCGAAUUCAGAUGAUUGUGAGACUAUCGAUAAAAUAGCAGCGAUGAUAUCCAGUACUGAAAUUGAUGCUGUUCCAACUCAAACCGCACUCAAGCCACCGGCCGAUACAAUUGCUGAGCUGGCGAAAAAUGACAACGAAUGUAGUAGCUUCAAUGGUCCAAUGAUACAAGCCAAGGGUUCCUUAAUUGCCGAUAAUGAAAAGUCACAGUUUACAAAAAAUGAUGCUGAUGAAAGUUACGAAGAGAUUGAAAAUAAGUUAGAGGAGAUGUUCGCGGGAAUAGAAGAAUCUUCACCAUCAUGUUCCAAGUCAUCGUCCACUAUAGGAGAAAAGAAACUAUCCCCAUCGAAGCAGAUAAACGAACCAACGGAUAUUCUUGUUCAAUUAUCAGAAAAAUCAGAAGAAUCUGUGGUUACAAAUCUAAGGGUUUCUCCCGUAGAAGUAGACAGUUUUUCGACUGAACCAAGCACAAGUGGAACACAGAAAAAAUUGGUGACUCCAGCAACUAAACGAACAAUUUCCGGAAAGACCUCCGGUGCUUCUGGAACAUCCCCAAAUAGAAGGAAAAAAAUAUUGAAGAAAAAACCUAACCAAUAUAAGGGAACAUUUGCAGCUGCUGAGGAAAGGGCGGCCACCUUAAGUGCUAAGUUUAACAAGAAGCCGCUAAGCAAAGGAAACGGAAAGAAAGGAAGUGGCUCUGGGUCUACGACGAGUAAAAAUGUCAAAGUAAAGACGAACGAGAGUGGUGGACCUGUUGAUCCCAGUGGCAAGUAUAAAGGACCUUUCGUACAAGUCAAAUCCGACGGUAGCCACGUGGUGAUUAACACCCCAAUCAAUGAAGACGACACCGAGAAGGCACAGAACAAGACUAAGAAAUUUACCACUAGCAUGAACAGUUCCGAAAAAAGUAAAAUUCGAGGUCUACACGUGAGCACACUAAGCACCAAAUAUGACGCAGAUACUACAGACACAAGUUGGAUGUGUGUGUUCUGCAAGGUGGGACCGCACAAGACUAGACUAGGAGAUCUCUUUGGACCGUACAUCAUCAGUACCAAGUCAAAUGAGUUCCAACAGAGCCAAACUGAUGAAGAUUAUUUCAACGUGAAACGGACGCGGGAUAGUCUUGCCUCGAAACUAUCGACAACGGGUGAAUCUUCUAGAACGGCGAGUCCGUCCAAGUCGAAGAAAAGAAAAAUUAGUGAUCAAGGAGUGGUUGCCGCACCGAGUGCUAGUGAUACAAACAUAGGAGCCACAUCACUACCGGCACCGGACAUAUUCUACGGAAUGGUGAAGGCCGGAGACGAUUCCUAUGAGGUGUGGAUGCACGAGGACUGUUUGGUUUGGGCUCCUGGAGUGCACAUCGUUGGCACGCGGAUUGUUGGUCUCGAGGCAGCGAUUUGGAACUGCUGGCGGCAUCAUUGCCGACUCUGCUCUCAAUAUGGAGCCAUGGUGAGCUGCUUGCAUCGUGGAUGUAACGAAGAAGCCCACGUGGUAUGUGCACGGAAAAAUAAUUGGGAAUUGAGUGAUGAGUUCAAGUCAAGCUGCACUCAACACUCCAAAACAAACUCUUGAGUCGCUGGACGCUAGAAGGUUCUUUUGUUUGUCAGGUUUUUGUUUUAUGUUCUUUGCCGAACCAACGAUUAUUGGUUGGUUAAGUAAUGUUCAUCAUAAUAAGUGCAUCUCUUCGAAGUGUUGUUUAUUUUGAUCAACUCAUUUUUUGUAUAAGGUGCGAGAUCUAAGACCUCUGGAAAGAUAUUAUGGAGUGAUUUUUACAACUGUAUCUGGAAAACGAAAAAAAGUCACAAUUCAAUUUACGAAUGUACAUUUUUAGCUUGUAAAUAUAGUAAGCUAAUGUAUGAUA